AUGUUUUUAAGAUCUCAAAGGGCAAUUAAUCUCCCUCAAGCUGUUGAACUUGAAAUCGUUGAUUGCUCUGGAAUAGCACCAAAGGAGAGUGUUGGGUUUUUGGCAAGAAAAGUUGGUGGACUGGAGAAUCUUGCUUUUAUUCCUGAGGACUACAAUAAUCACUUACGUUCUAAGAGAACAGAAGCAAUGAAAGUUGGAGAUAUUGGUGGUGUCUUAAAGUAUCUACAAAAUAUGCAACAUGAUGACCCUAAUUUUUCUUAUGCUAUCCAAGUUGAUCUUGAUGAUCUCAUCACAAAUAUUUUCUGGACAGAUGGUAAGAUGAAAUUAGAUUAUGAAUCUUUUGGAGAUGUAGUAUGUUUUGAUACAACAUAUAUAAAAAAUAAAGAGGGUAGGCCUUUUGCAUUAUUUGUUGGUGUUAAUCAUCAUAAGCAAAGUGUUAUAUUUGGUGCAGCAUUGUUAUAUGAUGAAACAUGUGAUACUUUUAUGUGGUUAUUUGAUUCAUUUUUGAAAGCAAUGUCAAUGAAAAAACCAAUGACGAUCUUUACAGAUCAAGACGUUGCAAUGGCGAAAGCACUUGCUUCACAAUGGCCUGAAACAUAUCAUCGUUUGUGUGUAUGGCAUAUGUAUCAAAAUGCAGCGAAACAUCUUAGUGAUACAUUUGAGAGAUUUAGUAGUUUUGCUAAAGAUUUUAGCAGUUGUGUUUAUGAUCAUGAUGAAGAGAAAGAUUUUCUAAAUGCAUGGGAUCAUAUGCUUGCAAAAUACAAUUUAAAAGAUAAUAGUUGGCUACAUAGACAAUUUGAAUUGAAGGAGAAAUGGGCUUUGGUUUAUGGACGACAAACUUUUUGUGCAGACAUGUCCACUACUCAAAAAAGUGAGAUUGAUAGACGCUAUGAGGAGUUGAAAGCAGACUACAAAGAUAACCAGAGCAAGCCAUCUUUACCAGUUCCAGUGGAGAUAUUGAAGCAUGCAGCAGAUUACUACUAG